GUAUCCAUUAUUUUAAAUAAAUUCUUGUGUGCAUUGUCGUAUUUCAUUAUUGUGUACAUUCACAUAGGUAUUUGAAUAUCGCUUGAUUUGCAUAAUAUGAAAGAUCAGAAGCACAGUUUAGGAUUUUUAUGUCAGAUUUUUCCAUUCGGUAUGUAUGCUUUGAUGUGUCUAUACUUAUAUUGCGUAGCCGUACCUGCGGCUACCGCAAUCCAACAUUUUUGGAACGAAGAUGAAUUUUGUCAAAAUCUUAAUGCAAAAUAUGUCAAUAAUAGCCGUGAUGUUAAAACUGCAAAUAUCACAUGCAAUGGUACACAGCCAAAAAAAGAUGGCGUAAAUAUGUUAGACAACGUGCGAUUUUUGUGUCGUGAAUUUGAUUCUCUUAAUUACAUUUGGAUCUCGAAGAAUAAAGUUGACAAUGUCAAAAUACUUGUGGAAUUAAUAUCAUAUGAUAAAAUGGACAUGCAUUUAAUAUUGGAGGUGAAUAAUUCAUCGCACAUUCGUCUUAACAAUCUAAAGCCAAACACCGCAUACGCUGCUAGAUUCCGGAAGUUGGUCAACGGUACUACGUAUCACAUAAUGGAUACGCCGAUCGGCAAGACGUUGGACAAAGGACAAAUGUUAGGCUUGGUGCACUCGAUUAAAAUUUCCAAUUUUACGAUGGAGACCAAUAAUUCUACACUAAACACAUCACUUGCCUGGACGCCAUCGGAUGAUAUGAACUGUCGCUACAAAAUCGUUUACCACGGGGGCCGUGCAAAUGAAAGAUUGAAAACUCAAUAUGUAGACGUCAGAGAGUCGAAUUCUGUCAAAUUAAACGGUUUGAUUCUGGAAAGAGAUUACACGGUCGCAAUACAGUCGUACUACAGAAAUAAGUCUUUGAUCAUCACUAGCGAACCGGUGGAAUUCAAAUUCACGACGCCGUCAUGUCUGGAAAUCAACCAAAUCAUCGAGGACUUAGUGUUGGACUUGUGCCCCCCGGAGACGCCGUACGACAUAAAGCUGUCCGAAGCGCUCGGCGUUUACGAGGGCAAAUACGACGUCCAGGUGCACUGGAAGAUGCCGAACACGACGGACGGCCGGAAAGCGGACUACUUCGAGGUGAAGCUGGGCGACGAGGCGAAGAACGUGUCGGGAAAGGAGUACGCGACGACGGUCCUGCGGCAGGACGCGGCGGAAGGCAACGCGUCGGCCGCCGCCGCCGCCGUGGCGUACGUGGCGUCGUUCGAAAACGUGUCGCUGAGCGAACGGUACUACGCGAGCGUGCAAGCGUGUUCGCCGGCGGGCUGCAGCGACGCGACGGUCGUGGAGCGGCCACCGAGCCCCGACGAGGACGCGACCGCGGCCGACCAACGCCGAUCGCACUACCUGCCGUGGACGGCGGCCGCGCUGCUCGUCCUGUUGGCGCUGUGCGCGGCCGUGGCCGUCGGCCAACUGUUGCAACGUCGCGCGGCCGUCGGUUCGGACGGCGGCAGCAACAAGGGCGGCGUCGCGUCGGCGGAGGGUUACGACAUGACCAUGCUGAAGGGGCUGGACGACGUGGACGUGUUGCUGGACGACGACGCGGUCACCGUGUCCGACGUGUUCCUGGGACACGGCCACUUCGGCGUGGUCCGGAAGGGCGCCCUGAAGACGGCCGACGGCCGGGUGUGCUCGGUGGCCGUCAAGUCGCUCCGGGACCGGCCCAGCGGCCGGGACCUGGACGAGUUCCUGCGCGAGAUACUGCUCAUGCAGAAGGUCGGCAAACACCCGAACAUCGUGUCCAUGAUCGGAUGUUGUCUGGACGCCAACCGUCGGUGCAUGCUGGUCGUCGAGUACUGUCAGCUGGGCGAUUUGCAGACUUAUCUGAGAAAGGUCAGCAUCAAAUCGUGGUACGCCAACGACUUUUACGUUGGCCGGACGGAUCCAUCAGAGUUAACCGCCGUGUCGGACAGCAAGAGAGUCGAAUUGCUGCAAGACGUGUCAGGUCCGCCGCCGAUGGUCUUCAACAACUGUUACUUGUACCAUGGUGAUGAAAACGUAUUCCUCACGGUGGACGACUUGCUGCGUUUCGCCAGCCAAGCAGCCAAUGGCAUGAUGUUUUUGGAAAGUAACCGAGUGGUGCACCGGGACUUGGCAGCCCGGAAUGUAUUACUCAGCGACCACCGCACGAUAAAGAUUUGCGAUUUUGGCCUUAGCCGGGACGUAUACGAACAGAACCUCUACCAGAAGUCGAACCGUGGCGACCCAUUACCAGUCAAGUGGAUGGCCCUGGAGUCGCUCAAAUAUCAGCUGUACACCACCCAAAGCGACGUGUGGUCAUUCGGCGUGCUUCUCUGGGAAAUCAUGAUGUUGGGAGGGUCUCCAUACCCGACGAUAAGUUCGUCCAGGAUAUACGAAGUAUUAUGUAGUGGAUACCGUAUGCCUAGACCCACUUUAUGCUGUUACAGUUUGUACGAAGUUAUACUAGCGUGCUGGCAUUCCAACCCUGCCAACCGGCCGAAAUUCGGUGCGAUCAAAGACGCAAUCGACAGUAUAAGAGAAAAUCAAUGCUCAUAAUGUCAUAAUCACACAUUUAUACCAACUUAUAAUUUUUUUUUAAUGAUUAUAUUAUAAUAUAUUAUAUGAUUUUUUUAUUAUAAUAACUUUUUUUUAAAAUAUAACAUAUAAAUUAAGACCUAAGUGAAGUAGUAACAAUUAACUUGUUACCUCAGAUUUAGGGUCUUUAAUAACUAAUAAAGAUGAAGACGAAACAAUUUGGGAUA